UCCAGAUAAAACGGCGCUGGUGAGGGCGCUCCAUCCAUCAAUCCCAAUGAUUCAUGGCGUUUAUCUCUAGUAUCCCUUCUUGGCCGCGUCCAGGAAGCCACAUGGAGACCGCCAAUGCCGCCCCUGGAAACGAAGUCUUUCGCAAUGUCCAAGUCCUCAAGCCACUUUGUUCGUCGAACCUUGAAGCUUAAAAGCAAGUUGCCACACUUGAAAAUUAGGGUUUGGUCGAGUCAGGGUCCAGACAAUGCUGCUUCCAGGAAAAGCAUGUCAUGGAACUCCCUCUGCAUGUCAUGAUGUCGUUGCGCGUACCUUCUGCAAGAAGAGCCGGGCUGCUGUUGUCAAAGGCUUAGUAUUUGUUAGAAUGCAACACAGUGCAUGCUGUCAGGCCAUUUGCCGUGCAAGGAGGCAGCUCCUGUCUGCACCAACUAGUGUGGUCUUUGCAAGGAAUGGGCAAAUGCUGUCUUGCGAGUGUUUCUGAACAGAUUGUACAUCUGAGAGCUUGGAAAUCCAAGCACAGCCGCAUCAGGAUACAGCAUUACAUGUUAGGAGAGGAGCAUGUGACUGGUUUGAAGGCCCCUUACUAGCAGCCUGCCGUCAAGUUGAUGGUUUGAGGACGAGGACCUCUUUUCGAUCAAGCAGCCAGAGUUGGCACCUUAGAUCAGGGAGGACAGUACUGCAACCAUGGUGGGUCGACCCAAGAAGGUCAUCAACCGACUUGUGGAGAAAUGGGAACACGAGCAACUUCUCAAAGUGAUGGCACGCAAGAUUCAGCGGGCCAAGCCGACCUUGGUUGGAAAGACAGGCUCUUCGUCGAGGUCUGCCAAGAGCACCCCCGCCUCAGUCUCCCCUUCCCGCCGCCCCUCAAUCGUCAGCACCCCAAGCGAACCGCUAUCCGCCCACGUGGCAAACCCACGUGCUGACACAUGUCCCGAGGCAAAGAAGAGAGCCUUGGACAAGCUCGCGCCCGGCGCUCCGCUUAUCGCCGAACUAGAACGGGCAGCCAACGGUGGGAAAGCAUCUCAACCGGGAAAGGUCGUCGAGAAGCCGGCGUGGAAAGGCCCUCUUGAUGACAUGGUGGGCGAUUUUGGGGCGGGGUUUGACUUCGACGAGCUGCCGACAGGGCCCCCUCAGAGAAGGAAGACGUUUGCUGGGUUCGAAGAUUCUGUAUCCUGGGACCCCCUGCCGCGCCCGACUCGCCCUUCCGCCACUCCCCAAGCCAAGCCCCCCGCUGCCCCCCUCCCAAAGAAAACGUCCCCUGCCCAAAAACCUCAAACCCGAAACCAAACCCAAACCCAAACGCAGAAACGGAAACAAAACCAAGAGCCUGUUUUGCUGGUCAUCCCCAACGAGCCCGUCGGGCCGCUGCGACCCAAGCCGCGCCUGUCCAGGAAGUCCGCCGGCGCUAGCGAUGACGUCAGCAAGGAGGCCGGUGACGUCAGCAAGGCGAGGAGUGACGUCGGCAAGGCGCGGGCGCCGCUGCAGGCAAAGGGCGAGCUGCUGAACGCGAUGCCGGUGGAUCGGCCCGCUGUUGAAGAAGCGAAAAAGGCGGAACGGCCUGCGGGUUUACAGCAAACCGGCGGAAAACCCGAGGAUCAUAAGGGCUCCGCGGGUUCGGCCGUGCGUGAUGUCACGUCAGCUGCCAGCGUGGCACCUGGAAGGAAAGAAGCGCCGGCGCGGAAAGCGGGUGCGGAGGACGGCGAGAAGUCACCAAGUGACGGGACAGCGGACGGGGGAGACGUGCCGACGAGUGACGUCAGCCCACGUCAGCCGGAAGGCGUGAGGCGACUGCCGUCGUCCAAGAUCCCACGGCCACGUGGCACCCCGGGGUUCGCGCUCGCGCACAGGGCGCGGCACUCCCUGCGGUUUGGGGGAGGGGUCGGUGAAUUGUUGAGCGCAACCGAGGGAGCUGCAGUGGGCUCGGAGGGGGAUCCCCCAAAGGAUGGGGAGGCCGAGAGCUUAUCGGCGAGGCGCAGAUAUACGGAACAGUGCGAGGAGGAGUUUCCGGUGCACCAGGCGGAUUCCGCAGAGUUCCUGAUCCGGACCCCGUCGAGCGGAAUCGACCAGCCCCUGACCGCCAGCGAGGAGGCUGCUCUUGAACGGCAAGCCGGCAGCUUUCCGACCAUCUUAUUGCAACGGAACCUUGACGGAAGCGGAUCUUCAACGGAACGGAGCGAAGUUUCCAACGAUUUUGGCACCGCCCUUCAGCAGGAGAUAGCCGGGCUCAACAAUUCGCUAGACGCGAUGAAGGAGACGCUCCGCGGCCUGAACGGAAGCGCAGCGGCACGGCGGAGGAGCAGCGGAAAGCUGAGGAGAGGGAAGGACUCCGCUCGCAGCACGGGGAGCCGCGCGUCUGACGUCAGCAGCCAAGAGGAGGGUGACACGUGUCGCACCGGCGAGUCGGAGGACGAGGGCGGGUUAGCGCGGGCUUUGAAGGGGCUAACCCUGGUUGGUAACGACAAUUUGGGCGAGGGAAGAGACAGGGAAAAUGGGAAGAGCUCGGAGGCUAAAGACGAGAGGAUGGAUCCUGGCAAGGCCUCCGAUCUGACUGCUCAGAUUGCCGAUCAAGAGCGGAUCCGGCAGGCUUUGCUGACCGAGAUCUCGGCGCGAACUGUAGCCAACCCUUUGCUGGCUGAGCAUCAGAGGGAUUUCCUGAGCGAGUCGCAGGGGGAGUGGGCGGUAGUGACUGGGGAGGAGAGCCACGUGUCAGCAUGUGCGCCUGUCCCCGUCAGCAGGGACGGAGUUGCGAAGAGGGACUCCGUUCUGGAGGACGACUAUGAAGAUGACUUUGAGGCGGGUGCGGCGGAAGAGGCGGAAGGCCGGGGCGGUGACGAGGGUUUCGACGUCGAAGGCGUGGAGGGGCAGUUUGAGGCGGCCGCUUUCGACGUCGAAGGCGAGGAGCUGGUGGAAGUGGGCAGUGGAGGCGACCAGAAAGCCAGUCCGCGGGCCGGCUUCCUCGCACGGCUGUCAUACCAGGUGGAUGGGGUGCGGGGCUCUCGAGAGGAGUCCUUGCCAGCAAGCCCCGAGCGGUUAGUCGCUGGCGGCUUCGCCCAGCUGACUGCCCGGGGGACAAAGAGAGUACCCGACAUGGAGGGCCUCACCGCCGAGAUCGAGAAGCUGGAACAAGAGAUGCAACGGCUUAGACGGUGAUCGAAAAUUUAGCAAUCAAGGAGCCCGCUGUCCAGUUGCGGCGAACACGUUUCUGAUCAGGCUCGCAAUUUUUAAGGGGCUUCGGCGGAGAUACAUAAUGAGGCGGACAUGCGUGUCUCAGCCAAUUUGCAAGGGCCAACUUAGCUCCUAUUAAAGCCGUAGGCUGCUCUAUCCCUUAUUUCCGGUGUCAGUGUCGGACCAUUGGACGCGGCCAGUUAUUGGCCGUCACUGCUUAAUUCCAU